AUGACGAGUGUUCAGAGCUCCACGACCCACAACUUUGUCCGGCCGACUCGUCCUUAUGCAGCCUCGCCCACGUCUCCAAGGAAAAACUCGAUGAAGAGUGUUGCUGCAACUCCUGUCCUCUCCUCUUUUGCCAUCGAUCUCAUUGCCCAGUUUGACAACUACCGAGUCAACAUGCGCGAGAGCCUCCAGCGUGAAGUCGAAGAAAACAUCCAGAAGGCCCAGGUCUUGAAAGAGGCUAUGAAGGAGUCGAGCGAUAUGGAUGCCGAGAUGCUGAUCUCUGAGGAACAGGAUGAAUACAACCGAUCCGUCAACAAGGGUCGCUCCUCACCCAACAACCGCAGCAACACCAGCCUCAACCGUCUACAGCAACAACAACAGCAGCUUUCUCAACAGCCACCUCACUCACAACAACACCCAUCACAACAGCAGCAGCAACCAUACCCAUCUGGCAAGCAGAGCCCAAGUACAACCAGCAUCACUGGAGGCGAGAAGCGGUCAAGACUGGACAGGAUCUUUGGUCGUCGGACCAGCACCAUCAACAGCACAGGCACCAGUCUUCGCAACCACCAAGUCACACCCCAUCCCCAACCCUCCUCGCCAUCUCAACAACCACAACAACUUGCAACAGCACAGAGCAAUACCCUUGCUGUUCCUACAAACGGUCAGCACCCUACCUCCAACUCCAAUUCUAGUGCCGUCGACUUGAACGACUAUUCAUACUUGCAGGUCGAAGAGGGCGGAACUGAUGAUGAGGAGGUGGUCUUGGAUCGGUCUAUGGGCGCAGGCGUUGGAACUACGACGAGCGGAGCAGCACCAGUGCCAGAGCCCGUCGGAACAGAGGUCAAGUUGCACCCAACACGGGCCAAGACCUUUGCCCUCCCCAAGAGUUUGAGGAACUUGAAGCGUAGGAUUGCGGCAUUGCGUGCCAAGGGUACCGAUUUGGAUGCUGAGAAGCGCGAGAAGGAGGAGCGCGAGCGUGCUGCUAACGGCGGUGUGGCUCCUGAAGAGAAGAAGAAGUUUACCCUCAUCCGGUUGUUGCCCUGGAGGUCCAACAAAAAGCCCUCCGCCUAG